AACGGAGUGGACACGCCGCACCGCUGCUUCUGUCGUGUGAGUCCGGCCGACAUGCAACUGAUUUCUGGAUGAUUCUCCGCUGCUCCGCGAUGAGUUGACGGGGGAGGAGGAAACGUUGCCCGAUUAAGUUUUCAUUAAGAUGAGAGAAAUCUGUCUGCCAGCAGCAGAGAGCAGAGAACCAGCCUUGGAGGAAAGCUAACCCACGAAUGGCCUGCCAGUCUGUCGCUGCAAUCAUGGACGAGCAGGCCCUGCUGGGGCUCAACCCGAACGCCGACGCCCGCUACAGGCAGAGGGCCAUGGCAUACUUUGAGCAGCUGAAGGAGUCUCAGGACGCCUGGGAGGUUUGUGCAGAGGCCCUCGCUAAAGGGAUUUACAAUGAUGACCAUGUGAAGUUCUUCUGCUUCCAAGUUUUGGAACAUCAGAUCAAGUUCAGACAUGCUGGACUGAGUGCAGUUCAGCAGCAGCUCAUCAGAGAGACUCUGAUGAAGUGGCUCCAGUGUCAGCUGAUGAACGCCCAACCUGAGAAGCCAUUCAUCAGGAACAAGGCCGCCCAGGUCUUCGCCCUCACCUUCGUCAUGGAGUAUCUGACUCUGUGGCCCAAAUUCUUCUUCGACAUCCUGUCCCUGGUGGGUCUGAACCCUCACGGUGUCGACAUCUACCUGAGGACACUCAUGGCCAUCGAUGCUGAGGUGGUGGACAGAGACAUCCUCCACUUACCUGACGAGACUCGUAGAAACACCUUGAUCAAAGACCGCAUGCGGGAGCAGUGCAUCCCCAGCCUGGUGGAGUCCUGGUUCCAGAUCCUGCAGACCUACCAGCACUCCCACCCAGAGCUCACCUGUCAGUGUCUGGAGGUGGUCGGAGCGUUCGUGUCAUGGAUCGACCUUAACCUCAUCGCCAACGACCGAUUUGUGAAUCUACUGCUGAGUCAGAUGUCAGUGGAGGAGCUCAGAGAGGAGGCCUGUGACUGCCUGUAUGAAAUAGUCAACAAAGGGAUGGACCCUGUGGAUAAAACCAAGCUGGUGGAGUCUCUGUGCCAAGUCCUGCAGUCUGCUGGAUUCUUCAAUGUGGAACAGGAGGAGGACGUGGACUUCCUGGCCAAGUUCUCGCGGCUGGUGAACGGGAUGGGUCAGAGUCUGGUGCUCAGCUGGACCAAACUGAUCAAGUCCGGUAACGUGAAGGACGGCGCGGAGACGCUGCAGGCCAUAGAGAACAAAGUGCCGCUGCUGCUGCAGCUGCUGGUGCACGAGGACGACGACAUCUCGGCCAACAUCGUCGGCUUCUGCUACGAAUACCUGCACGUCCUCAAACAGCUCCCCCAGCUGACCGACCAGCAGAAAGCAAACGUUGAGGCGGUCAUGCUGGCCGUCAUGAAGAAACUGACAUAUGACGACGAGUACAACUUUGAAAACGAGGGCGAAGACGAGGCGAUGUUCGUGGAGUACAGGAAGCAGCUGAAGAUGCUGCUGGACCGCCUGGCUCAGGUGUCUCCUGAGCUGCUGCUGGAGGCCGUACGGCGGGUCUUCACCAACACCAUGCAGAACUGGCAGACGGCUCCGUUCAUGGAGGUGGAGGUGGCCAUCAGGCUGCUGUACAUGCUGGGUGAAGCCCUGCCUGCAUCUCACGGUGCUCAUUUCUCCGGAGACACGGCGAAGACGAGCGCCCUGCAGGACAUGAUGAGGACGCUGGUGUCCUGCGGCGUGAGCAGCUACCAGCACAGCUCCGUCUCUCUGGAGUUUUUCGAAACAGUCGUCCGAUACGAUAAGUUCUUCAUCGUGGAGCCUCAACACAUCCCCAAUGUUCUGAUGGCGUUUCUGGACCAACGAGGACUGAGACACAACAGCCCAAAGGUCCGCAGCAGAGUGGCCUACCUCUUCUCCAGAUUCAUCAAGACUUUGCAUAAACACAUGAAUGCCUUCAUUGAGGACAUCCUGACCAGGAUCCAGGACCUGCUGGAGCUCGCUCCUCCUGAAAAUGGCUUCCCAGCGCUGCUGACCAGCGAUGACCAGCUGUUCAUGUUUGAGACGGCGGGCGUCCUGAUCGUGAACGGAGAGAGUCCGGUGGAGAGGAAGCAGGCGCUGAUGAGGGGCCUGCUGCUGCCGCUGAUGGACGCUUUCCGCCUGCUGCUCGCCAAACUGUCGCAGGAGACGGAGGAGGAGAGGCAGGCCGCCCUCGCUGACUGUCUGAGCCACGCUGUCGGGUUCGCCAGUCGCACCAGCAAGGCGUUCAGCAACAAGCAGACGGUGAAGCAGUGCGGCUGCACCGAGGUCUACAGAGACUGUCUGCAGACCUUCCUGCCUGCACUCAGCUGCCCCGUCCAGCGGGGGACGCUGCGCAGCUCCGUCCGCUCCUUCCUGCACCGAAUGAUCAUCUGUAUGGAGGAGGAGGUGCUGCCCUUUAUUCCCGCCGCCUCGGAGCACAUGCUGAAGGACUGCGAGGCCAAAGACCUGCAGGAGUUCAUCCCGCUCAUCAGCCAGAUCACCGCCAAGUUCAAGCGGCAGGUGUCCCCCUUCCUGCAGCAGGUCUUCAUGCCGCUUGUGGUCGCCAUCUUUGAGGUCUUGGCCCGGCCGGCGGAGGAAAACGACCAGGCGGCAGCUCUGGAGAAACAGAUGCUGAGGAGGAGCUACUUCGCCUUCAUCCAGACCAUCACAGGAAGUGGGAUGAACGAGGUCAUGGCCAAUCAGGGAGCAGAAAACAUCGAGCGAGUUGUGUUCACCAUCAUCCAGGGAGCCGUGGACUUCCCCGAUCCCAUCGCGCAGAAAACCUGCUUCAUCAUCCUCUCCAAACUGGUGGAGCUGUGGGGAGGUAAAGACGGCAUGGUGGGAUUCCCUGACUUCAUCUACAAACACAUUGUUCCUGCGUGUUUCCUGGCUCCUCUCAAACCGACCUUUGACCUCUCGGACGCUCAGACAGUCCUGACGCUGUCGGAGUGUGCGCUCACGCUGAAAAUGAUUCAUCUCAAAAGGGGGCCGGAGUUCAUCCAGUUCUUGCAGCAGGAGUAUUUGCCCUCUCUGCAGGUGUCACCUGAAAUCUCACAGGAGCUUUGUCAAGUGCUUCAGCAGCCGGACAUCAAAGUCCUGAAAAACUACAUUAAGGCGUUCUUUCAGCGAGCCAAGCUGUAGGAAAUAAAACUGGAAGUUCGCGUUGGACUGAAAGGACACUCACAGGAAGUGGACGCACUCGCCACUCACACCAACAACAACAAAAAAAGGACCUUAGCAUAGGAGCUGCUUUUGCACUUAAAAAGUGAACGCAUAACAAAAUCUGUCUAAAGUUGGGACGCGGACAGAAGCUCGGCGGACGGAUAAAUCCCUCCUGCCGUCGAUGAGACGAGCUGUCCACGAGGACUAAAGGAGCUCGACUGAUGAUCAGACACGUGGAGAUGUUUUGUGGCGUCAAGUGGAAAGGGCUUUUAGAGGUAAACACAGAUCUGUGGGAGAGGACGUGGCCUGUCCGGGAAACAUUUGGUAAUUAUCCUGAAAACCAUCUGAACACCUGAAACGAAGCUUUACUCGAAGUCGAACCUUCACGUAAGAAACCACAUUUCAAAACUAGAGUUGAGGUUUAUUUGGAUGUUGCCACAGAAUGGACAGAAAAUAAGGGCUGAAUUGUUUUAUUUUUAUUAAAAUGUGGCAUUGAGUUCUUUUCUUUUUUUAAUGUGUUGAGGAUUUUAUGUUUGAAGUGAAACGUUCUUACAGCCCGAGUCGAUCUGCCUCUUCCUUCCCGGUUUAGUUCAAAACAGACUUAAUUUUCCCUCAAAUCUUAAUUUAACAUGAAAUAUGAUCUCAACCACUCUUUAUAUUUGUGACCUGAUGGGAUGUAGAUACUCACGUUUCAGCCCCUUCAUGAUGAGUUUGUGUUGAAAUGGAAGACCCGAUGAAGUCCACGGAGUAUUUUUGUUUCCUGGAAAUAUGACGAAUAUUUUUCAGAUGGAAAUGGACUUAAAAUGGAGGAACAAAAUGUAAAUAAGAGAAUAAGAUGUUAAAAAGUGUAAAUAAAGUUCCGAGGUCUGGGUUUUUUUUUAAUCUUCAUUCCCAUCUGGAAACUAAAUAUGGAAGAUCAUUUCUGCCGGAAAAAUGAAAAAAAGGAGUUAGAAAUUGUAAAAAUACUCAUUGAGUCAGAAGUAUGAGACACGACAUCAAAGUUCAUAUACGGCACAUAAUUUUGAUUUUGUAUCGCACAAAUUUGACUUACGGACCGAAUAACAGUGACGUCAUGUCAGCAACAACAAACACUUCCAGGUAGAAAACUGGCAAUUCAUUACAAUUGUGAAGAAAUGUAAAACUUUCGUCGCAAGCCGUAACUGUAACAUUUAAAGCUAUAUAGUUAAACAUGGCGGUGCGACCUUUGUUAUCAAAUUUGAUAAACCAAAUCUACUGAAGCACACGAGCUAAACAAUAUCCUGCUGUAGACGAGGCAAAACGUGUUCUAUCCAUCUAGAAAAUCAAUAUCUGUGUGAGCGUACGCUACAACUGAAUAUUUCGUCUGCUUUACCUUAUGUACUAACCAGUUGAGGCAGUGAUGGACCAGCAACGCAGUCUUCUGCUUUGUAAAUUGACCGUUUUAGUCGGUGGACUCUGGUGGAUUCGAUGUAACGACUAGGGGUGCACGAUGUAUAUCGGGACGAUAAUGGGACAUUUUAAUAAUAUGCAUUAUUCUGCUAAUUAAAGUCAUAGCUGAUAAGCGUAGGCCAUUCGACAAUACCCUAGAAAAUUUACCUGUUUUUCACAGCCUAGUUUUGGUAGGUAUGGAAGAGUCUGAACUGUUAGCAGUUAGCGUUAGCAAGUGAUGUCAGUUUGAUUUGGUUCGGUCAGACCUAUGGAAUAAUUAAUCAUUCAUAUUUUCUCACUACAUCUUUGCCUUUCUUAUCCUCGGAUGAUAUAAACUACAGGUUAUACACUUAUUUUUAAAAUACAAAUAUGCCUAAUUAUCAGUUAUCAAAUCGGUUGAAAAAUCCAUAUCGGUGCAUCCCUAAUAACGACCUCAGUUACUGUUCGGAAAAGACAAAUAUAAUAUUCUAAAUGUAAAGUACACUUGAACUGAUACUGAUGAUUUCAUUUUUAAUAUACGUGACGCAGGGGUUUUCUACCCGGAAGUUAUUGUAAAAACACAUUGGGAUUCGGUCUAUUAAGGCGAAAUUGUGACUUCAAAAGUCAUAAUUUUAUGUUCGUAUCAUUUUUCUGACUUGCUGGUAUUUUUGUUUAUCAUAAUUUUUUAUAUUUUUGACUUUAUAUCUUUUAAGAUCACGCAAAUCUCAAUUGUGACUUAAAAAGUUAAAGUUAUUUUCUUUUUAUACUUUACGUUUUCAGACUUUUGACAUAACAAAAUUUAAGUAUCUUAAAGUUUGACCCUAAAUCUUGAUCCUAAAUUUUGACUAAAGUUAAAUAUGUGUGUUACAUAACCACAAAAAGUCAGAUUUUUAUUUAUCACAAUUUUUUUUAUAAUUCUUUUGACUAUUUUGACCACAUAAUUUUUGCUAAAAAGUCAGAAUAUCUUUUAUAUAUAUAUAUAUAUUUUGACUUUAAUAACUCAUAAUUUGAUUCUUAAAAAAGUGAAGUAAGUAAAAAAAAGUUGUAUUUGAAGGUGUUGACUUGGUCGAACUGAAAAUUGUGACACAAAUUGUGACACAAGUCAAACAUUUUAAUUUGAAAAGCUUUGACUCAUAAUUCUUAAAUCUGACUUUAAAUGUCAUAAUUUUGAUUUAUCAUAUCAUAAAUGUGACUUGAGUAUUUUUAUUUAUCUACACUUUAUCUUUUUUCUUUUCUCGGCGGUGAUGAGCUUCCAUACGACCACAUGAACUCAUCGACAGCACUCAUCCAUGUACAGCUCGUGUAAAAACAAAAUGAACUUGCCCGUGUACAGAAGCAGCUUGAUUUAAUUUUGUAUUCAAGCAUUUGUGACAAUUCAGGACGAUCGACUAAUUGAUUAUGCAAACACUUCACUGCGAUCAAUACUGUGAAGGAGCUGUAAGGAAACUAAUCAGUGCCAGACGACGAGAUCCGACUGUAAAAACUCCAAAAACUGUGUCUUAUAAUUUUUUUGCUAUUUUAGCCGUUGACUCUGUACAGACGCGUCUGUUCUUUAAAACCUUUGGAUAUCGUGGUGCCCCGCUUGUUUCUGUCUCGUCAGACAUCUCAGUUACAGGAAAAGAUUUACUGGUUCCACUGUUAAAAACAGUUUGUGACGUUAAGUGCAUUCCUUGUUAUUUGGUUAAUCUGAUUUUAUGAUGUUUCUGAGGCUUUAAAUUUCUUAUAUUUUCCCCCAAACUUUGGAGAAAGUGCCUGAAAAUUUUGAGUUUAAUUAUAAGUGACCAAACAGGUGUAAAAAAACAAAGCUAGUUUGGAGUGUUGUUCUACUUUUUUCUAAUUGUCAACAAAUUACACUAAAAUUGAGGCAAAUCACAGUUAUAUAAGUUUAUUUAUUUUUCUUUUUAAGGCUCAAUAAUUUCCUUAAACAGCUGGUCACAGUGAUUUUUUUUUUUCUUCAACUGUUACUGUGACCGCAGGAAGUAGGGUUUUUGCUGGGGACUAUUUUAAGCAGCGGAUGAAUCCACAUUUGUAUUUAGACAUUAUUUGUUAGCAGUUUGUUUGGCUCUGCACGUGGGUUUUGUUGAUAAUUAGAAAUACGUAAAAUAUCACUAAACUUAAAUGAAUUUAAUGAUAAAGGAUGAAAUUAAGAGAAGCUCUUGUUCUGAGGGAACACAAACACAAUCUGACAUUAACUUUAAUCUUGACCUUGGAAACGGUAGUUUGACAAAAUAAAAUUCAUGUCAAGGUCCCCUACCUGCUAAAACUCCUGACAAAGUUAAUAAGUGGACCUUUACUUGAGACGUUUUUACCAAACACAUUAAGCUAAUGUUACUAAGUUAUGUGGACAUCUCGUAUUAUUUUUGCUAUUUCUUUGAGACUAUUUGGUUUUAUUUCUUUGGUUUUGUAUCGAUCGAUCAGUUUAGCCUAGCUUAGCACAAAGACUGAAAGUCAGGGGAAACUGCUAGCCUAGCUAAAGGAAUAGUUCAGUAUCUUGGAGAAGUAUCUCAGAAUGAGAUUUUGAAUUGGUAUCAAUGUAACGUCUGUGUGGAACUGGAGCCAGGACUUGCUUAGCCUAGCGUAGCUUAGCAUGAAGACUGGAAGCGGGUAGAAACUGCUAGCCAAGCUCUAUAUAAGGAGACAAAAAUCCACUUUCAAACAACUCCAAAGCUAUUUGAUUUACAUGUGUGUUCAGUAUGAAGUUGGACAUGAUUAGCCUAGCUUAGCUUGAAAAAUAGAAGCAGGGGGAAACUGCCAACAUAGCUUUAUUUUAAGAGAUAAAAAUCCACCUUCAAACUGUUCUGUUUGAUUUACAGGUUGUGUUUAGCACGUAGUUAGGACAGGGUUAGCUUAGCUUAGCUUAAUUUAGCUCAGCAUAGCUUGAGAGUUUAAAAGUUUAAAAACAGGUCACUAAUAAGUUCUUUAUGCCUCAUUUUUGUAGUUGUCGUUUGUAUUUUACACAAACAGAAAUGUAAAACCACAGUGUGAGGGUUUAGGAUGACAACUGGAACGAUUUGUGCUAAGCUAAGCUAACUACAUCCUGACUCUGUUCCAAACACACAGACAGCAGAUUGAUAUGCAUCUCAACAACAAAGGCAUAUUAUUAUUGUUGUUCUAUUAUACUUACUUAACGCUAUAAUAUUUUUCCCAAAUCUUGAACUAUUCCUUCUAACGUCUCGAGUUUUGGCUCAGUUUGGACUCCAUACGAAUGCUAAUCUGUAACAACACUAAAGCACCGACACACACUGGGCUCAGGAGCAGCACUUCUCCCGCACUUAAUUCACCUGUUAACUCCUAUAAAUCAACUUGAACGACAGACGUCCCCUCACAAACACCUGAAGCGAUAUUUUAUUGUGAUUGUGUUCCUCAUCGUACCGUCGUAGUAUUCACUCAGACACUAGAAGUCUUUUUCCUCAGUAAACCCACUAAAGUAGAAUCCGCUGUUUUUCAAAGGACGUGUUGAAUGAAAUAAAAGUUAUUGAUGAAUUCUCAGAUGGUUACCGCCUGGUUUUAUUUUAUCUUCAGCAGACCGAGGGGAGAAACCGAGGUCUGAGAGAAACUUUGCCAGAUUGAUGACUUUGUUCAUUGAUGGUGAAACGUGUUGAUCUUGAUUUUAUUUUUUUCAUAUGGAGAUAAACCUUCUGUUAGAACAUCUGUUAGAACCAAUAAAGUGUUUACUAAUCAUGAGA